AAUUAAGAUAGAGCAAAAACCAUUUCAAAAAGGAAAUAUUUCUGAAAAAAAAUUAUAGUGAUAAUAAUGGGCAAGCUCUUAUUGGUAAUGUUAGUUGUUCUUAUCAUGGCUUUCCAAAGCUUGGGAACUCUUGAUUAUGGACAUGCACUAAACAAGUCCAUCUUGUUCUUUGAAGGCCAACGAUCCGGAAAACUCCCGGUUAAACAACGUGUUAAUUGGCGAGCUGAUUCUGCCCUCUCCGACGGUUCACCGGAUAACGUAAAUUUGAUUGGAGGGUACUAUGAUGCAGGCGACAACGUAAAAUUCGUGUGGCCAAUGGCAUUUACCACAACCUUAUUGAGUUGGGCCGCUAUUGAAUACCAAAAAGAGAUUUCCUCUGUAAACCAACUCGGUUAUCUCCGGUCUGCUAUUAAAUGGGGAACCGAUUUUAUCAUCCGGGCUCAUCCUUCGCCCACCACACUAUAUACACAGGUAGGAGAUGGGAACGCAGAUCAUGCUUGUUGGCAGAGGCCAGAAGAUAUGGACACAGUCAGAACUCUCUACAAGAUAUCAUCCUCUUCCCCCGGAUCUGAAGUCGCCAGUGAAGCCGCAGCCGCUCUUGCCUCCGCCUCACUUGUUUUCAAAUCGUUCGAUUCUAAAUAUUCAUCCACGCUUCUAAGCCAUGCAAAAUCCCUAUUUGAAUUUGCUGAUCAGCACAGAGGUUCAUAUCAAGCAUCUUGCCCUUUCUACUGUUCACACUCAGGCUACAAUGACGAGUUAUUAUGGGCUGCGGCUUGGCUAUACAAGGCAACAGGAGAAAAUAAAUACCUAAGUUAUGUCGCAAGCAAUCAAGGUUGGAGCCAAGCGGUGAAUGAAUUCAGCUGGGACAAUAAAUUCGCCGGAGCUCAGGCUCUACUCGCAUCAGAGUUCUACAACGGGAAGAAUGAAUUGGGAAAAUUUAAGAACGAUGUUGAGUCAUUCGUCUGCGCAUUGAUGCCAGGAAGUAGCUCUCAACAAAUUAAACCAACUCCUGGUGGCCUUUUGUUUACUAGAGACGGUAGUAACUUACAAUAUGCAACAACGGCUACAACAGUUUUGUUCCAUUACUCAAAAACUCUAACUCGAGCCCGGGUCGGUUCAAUCCAGUGUGGUUCAACCAAGUUCACUGCGUCACAAAUUCAUGAUUUCGCCAAAUCACAGGUUGAUUACAUUCUUGGAAAUAAUCCAAAGAAAAUGUCUUACAUGGUGGGAUUCGGGAACAAGUGCCCAACACAGCCUCAUCAUAGAAGCUCAUCUUUACCGUCAAUCAAAUCUAAGCCGGACAAAAUUGACUGCAAAGGAGGAUUUUCAUACUUUAAUUCUGAUCAACCAAACCCGAAUGAGCAUACCGGCGCAAUUGUUGGGGGGCCGGACUCAUCAGAUCACUUUAGCGAUAAAAGAUCAGAUUACGCUCAUGCAGAGCCCACAACUUACAUCAACGCCGCCUUUAUUGGGCCCGUUGCAGCUCUGAUUCGCCGGAAUUCUAACUAGAGCACCGGGAAAAAUUCUACCAGACAAACUCACUCUUAAAUUUAGCUGUGGGCAAACCAAAUAUUAGCAAAUAAGAAUAUCACAACAACUAUUAGACUGCAAAAUUUAAUACUUAACCAGGGGAUGUAUCAUUUGCCUCAAAAAUAUAUGGACAAACACAUAUAUAAUUGUAUUAUAGCUAAUUAAAAUGAAAUCUAUUUGAUUUUCUGUAUAUAUAUAUAUAUAUUGGACUUAUUUCUUUCUCAAAUAAAAAAUUGUUGCG